AUGGACUCACGGUUCUUCAUCUGCUUUCUGCUUCUACUGCUCAAUUUCGAUUACACGGUGGUGUUGGUCAAUGGCGGGGGAGCGGGAGUAUUCAAAGUUAGUUACAAAUUCGCCGGUUCGGAGAGGACUCUUAGUGCUCUUAGAGCUCAUGAUAUACGUCAUCUCAAUAUCCUCGCCGGCGUUGAUCUCCCUCUCGGAGGAACCGGCCGUCCCGACGCCGUUGGGCUCUACUAUGCUAAAAUAGGGAUUGGAACGCCCCCCAAGGAUUACUAUGUGCAAGUUGAUACAGGGAGCGACAUAACAUGGGUUAAUUGCAUCCAAUGCCACGAAUGCCCCAAAAGGGGCUACCAUGGCAUAGAACUCACCCUUUAUGAUCCAAAUGACUCUCUCACUGGGAAACUGGUAACAUGUGAUCAAGAAUUCUGCAAGGAGAUAUCGAGAAGCUCGUUUUCAGGUUGCAGUGCAAAUUCAUCUUGUUUGUAUACUGAGGCUUAUGGUGACGGGAGCUAUAGCAUGGGCUAUUUUGUAGAAGACAUCGUCCAAUAUGAUCGAGUCUCUGGUGAUCUUCAGACCAAAUCGGCAAAUGGAAGUGUUAUUUUUGGAUGUGGUGCCAGAUCUGAGGAUCUAGGAUCAUCUGAUGAUGCACUUGAUGGGAUACUUGGUUUUGGAAAAACAAAUUCAUCCAUGAUUUCACAGCUAGCGUCUUCUGGAAGAGUAAGAAAGAUGUUUGCGCAUUGUUUAGAUGGCGUGAAUGGUGGAGGCAUCUUUGCCAUUGGGCAUGUUGUUCAACCACAAGUGAACACAACGCCACUGGUACCAAAUCAGCCCCAUUACAAUGUAAAUAUGACUGCAGUUCAAGUCGGUCUGGAUUUUCUGAAUAUUACAACAGAUAUAUAUACGGAUGGGGACAAUAAAGGAGCAAUAAUUGAUAGUGGUACUACCUUGGCAUAUCUUCCAGAGGUGAUUUAUGUACCAUUAGUGAAAAAGAUACUCUCCUGGCAGUUGGAUUUGAAACUGCAAACUCUUCAUGACAUAUACACUUGCUUUGAUUAUUCAGGAAGCGUUGAUGAUGCGUUUCCUCCUGUCACUUUUCAUUUUGAAAAGUCGCUUCAUCUGAAUGUUUAUCCUCGUGAAUACCUGUUCCCUUUUGAAGACUUGAUGUGUCUUGGUUUUCAAAAUAGCGGAAUGCAAUCCCGGGAUAAACAGAACAUUACUCUUUUAGGAGAUUUGGUUCUUUCAAAUAAGCUGGUCCUCUAUGAUCUAGAAAACCAAACAAUUGGAUGGACUGAAUAUAACUGCUCGUCAAGCAUUAAAUUGAAGGAUGAACUUACUGGGUCAGUACAUCUAGUCGGUGCUCACUCUAUAGCCCGAGGUUGCAUUCUCAAUGUCCCAAUGGUUCUGUUCUCUUUGCUGCUAAUGGCUUUACUGCACGGUAUUUUAACCGAACUGCUAUAG